AUGUCAUUCGAAAAAAAGCAGAAAGUAAUGUUCGUGCUGUGCCUAGUCUUCGGACUCUGGCACUUCGCCACCCAAUGGACCACCACCCUCCUCUCGUUCCUCCAAUGGGACACCGAAGAAGUGAUGACCAUCACCGACUUGGGAUACAUCCAAGCGUUCGGAUCCCUUUGCAACGCCUUCGGAGCUCUGGCAGCCGGGCAGCUCGCAGAUACCCUUGGAGCCCAAUCCAUGUUCCUUCUGUCUGCCGUGUUCACCGCUGUCUACUACUCUGGAAUCUCGAUGGCUAGAUCGUGGUACUCGUUCUUCUUUCUUCAGGUGUUAAGAUUCGGUUAUCAGUUGGAUGGAACUGCUGAAAUGUACUUGGCAACAGUGACAACGGAAAGUGAAAGGACGAGCGCUUUGAUGAGGUUGACUAUUCCACAGGUGAGUUGGGAUUCUCAACUUGGGAUCUUUAUGAUUCCAAUUCAUAUCUUAUCCCAUUUCCAGGCCAUCGCCAUGUUCUUCGGACCAAUCGUGGGUUCCAAAGUGGCCGCCUGGACGUCCCUCCGAACCUCUCAAUUCAUCGUCGGAUUCGUCCUCGCCGGAACUAUGAUCCCAGUUGUCUUCUUCCUCCUCCCAACAACCCACUCCAUCCCACGUCUUGCCUCCGCCCGUCUUCGUCCACAAGAUUACUGGCACAUGAUUUCCAAGAACUCUGCUCUCAAGGAGGGUCUCCUCAUUCGUGCUCUCCUCAUCUCCGCCUACGUUUGCUACGAAAUGAUCUCUCGUAACUUUUUGCUCCGUAACUACAUGCACAACACCAACGAGAGUGCUUACGUCCUUCUGACCAUGGCUGGAUCUCUUCUCGCCGUUCAGUUCAUCGUCAUGCCGAUUGUUCAACGCAGAGCCAGUCCAAAGAGACUGUUGCAAGUGUCUUUGGUUGGACUUUUUAUCAGUUAUCUAUCCGCUGCAUUUGCUAAUAGCUUCGAGCAAAUGCUGAUGAUUACCGCUGUGCAGACUGCCGCCUAUGCAGUUGCCUAUGCUGAGAGUUCUACACAGAUCACCACCGCCGUCGAGCUCACCGAUCUUGGAAAAGCUACCGGAUUGGCAUCGAUGGUCCAAUGGUUGACCCAUUUCAUUCUCCCAAUCUACGCUUCUCAAUUGGUCGAACACCUCCACUACACCUUUGCUUUCUACACCUCCGCCGCUCUGUCCGUUUUCCUGUUCGCCUAUAUUUCCGUAUAUGGAAAAGAAACACCAAAUCGGUCGGGAUCUCUUCUACCAUCGCUUUCAGCUACCAAUUAUUAA